CUCAAGAAACCGAAGUUACAAAAUCUUUUUAAUUCAUCUCCUAGUAACAAAACCUGAACUAUGGAGCAUCUCGUAAACUGAAAAUAGCUGAGUUUUGGACGGAACAGCUGUUAGGUGUAUUUCAUGUCCCCUGCUGCUUGAAGAAGUUUAAGUUUUUUCUGCUAUAUAAUCACCCGUAGCUGGAAGUACAUUGAAAAGCUGCAGUUUACCUGUAGCACUGGUUAGGUGAACUGCAAAGCUCUCAGUUUUGAGUGCAUGUGAACAGUAUUGUCCGGUUGGCGGGAUUUAGAUACGGAAUUGUGGUGAAAAGUGCUCUCACUUCAACUGUGAAACAACUGCAAACAUCUCCGAACUUGUAAGGAACAACCAUGAGAAACUUAACACCUCUUCUAAACACUUCAACAAACGACAAUUUAGUUCCUUCAGAUAAAGCGUCAUGUGCUGAACUUGGAUUUGCCGAGAAAAUUUUCGGCUGUGUGUUCUAUGGGGCUGUGUCCGUAUUCGGAUCGAUUGAUAAUUUUCUUGUAAUUCUGGUAAUUUGCCGGACACCACGCUUAAGAAAUAUCUACGGUCUUCAGAUUGCAAACCUCGCUGUAGCUGAUUUUAUCGCGUCAUCCACAGGAAUUCCUCUGUUUUACUUUGCCAUAAUCCAAAGCUCAUUAUGCAGUUUUCAUCUCGCUUCGCUCAGCGCACGCAUCGGUGCGGCAAUUUUUUACACGUUCAUCAAUACCUCGCUAAUAGCUCUAACUUGUCUGAGUUUUGAUCGUUCGUUCGCUAUUUGCUACCCCUUGAAACACAAGUUAUUUAUGAAUUUUAGGAAACUAAAAGUGAUGAUUGUUGUAGUGUGGUUAGUUUCCGUUGUAAUUGGGGUUUGGCAUUUUUUCGGGCACUUGAUUACGCACGCGGCGUGUCACUAUGUAGAAUCUUCUAUUCAUAAAUUGUGUGUGGUCAUGAUAAUCGGCAGUGGAAUUGCCGCCAUAGUCAAAGCGUAUAAGAGUUCUUCGCGUGUAUCAGACAUAAACCUAAGUCAAAAUGGUGGCCAAAUUUGUGUACUUCACCAGAGGAACAAUCAAGUUGCGAAAACCGUUUGUUUUGUCGUCCUCUUGUUCGCUUUUUGUUGGACUCCUUCAGUUGUAGCAAAGCUGAAGAAUUCCAGUUUGGAUUCCACCUCGUUCUCUUCGUUGGACUUUUGGCUGCUCGCACUCGGAUUCGCAAAUUCUGCCAUGAAUCCUUGUAUUUACUUUUAUCGCCAUCGGAAUUAUCGUGAGGCAUUGAAAACAACACUAGGUUGUUAAAAGGCAGAUGUUAGAGGUAAUUUGUGAAAUCUCGAAAUCGCCGGUCUGAAAAUCACCAGAAUGGCACGCUUCUAUGAUGUAAUUUUCAUUUCAAGUCGAGGGGUUUGAUGUAUUGUGCCUACAGAGC